AUGGAAGUUCACUACGAGCACCCUGGCGGCGGCCCUCAGCCACCUCCCACCGGCACCGCCAACCCCUAUCCUCCACCAGCCGCUGCUCAUCUGGGCGCACCGGAGCCUCAGGGGGCUUCCGGGGAGCUGCAGCAAAUCAGCGACAGCGGCCUGGCAGCAUUGCCGUGCGUGCCAUCUCCGCAUGCGCGCCCGAAGCCAUUUUCGGCCCAACAUGCACCCGGUUACGACCCCGGGCAGCAGCAGGGCCUGCAGUCUAGCCACCAGCCUGGACCAAAUGUACGAUCCGGAUUCGACCACUCCGAACCGGCUACAGGAUAUGGACCUGGACCGGGCCUACCUGGGAGGCCGGCCGCGAGACCGACGGAUACUGUGGCAGCUACAGCCUAUGGUGCUUGUAGCCUGCCACCGCUGUCAUCAACACCGCUUAUCCAGCAGCCAAGCGUGUUGGGAAUGCAGCAGCUUGUGGAGGGAGGCGGCUUGCGGCAGGUGAAUCAGCAGCUGCUGCCGAUAGGACCGGAAGCGCAGCACGUGCAGCAGCAGCAGCAGCAGCAAUCGGCACACCAAGGCGUGCUGAUCCAGAACCCGGCGCUUACAGGGCAUCCUGAGGUACAGGGCAGGGUAGGGUACGGCAGCAACUACCCGUCCGGUUCAGAGGUGCCGCUGCAUGGGUUGUCCACGAACUACGUUCCACACCGACCUUCACUGUGCAGCGCGCCCGCGAUCUAUAGCGGCGGGUGCAACCCCAUGGUGGGCGAAAAGCGUCCACGCUCUCCUGCUGCUGAUGAUGAUGAUGAUCAGGGUACCGGGAAUCGUGCUGCUAGGAGGUCCAGGGAUGGCGCUAGAAGUUGUGAGGAUGGCGAGGCCGCCAAGCAGGUAGCGCUAGCGGCUGCACUGAGAUGCAGCGACGGCGACGGCACCGGCAGAGUCCCAACUGUGUUGACGCCGGCGAUAGAGCCAAAUGAUGAUGUGGCAAUGGACGAGGGAGCAGCGAUGGCGGAGGCGGCAUCGCCACCGCCGGCUCCGCCAGCCCUGCAAGCCGCCGCUGCCCUUGCCGCCAGUGUCAUUGGAGGCCCCGCUUGUCCCGGCGUCGGCGCUGUACAGGCUGCAAAUAGGGCCGCCACUCUGGUCGACACAAAUGUACUCGUGAAGGGCCUCGAUCACCCGUUAGCUCCACUAACUUUUUGGGAACAUGCUCUGCAGCGGGGUCUUCGCCCUGAUGCAGGGGCUGUCGCGCCAGGCUGGCAGCCGCCGCGGUCGGUUGGAGGCUGUCGAGCGCCUGCCCCUGCCACCGCACUGUCCCCCACGCGGCUCGUACCCGGUACGUCGGUGACAGCCCUAAGUGGCGGCCUCAGUGAGUCGCUGCAGGCAAUUAUGGGCGUGUCCUCUGCCCGGGCUCUGGCUUCAGCCCAGGCCCAAGCCCAAGCCCAAGCCCUGGUCCCACCCCCUUCCGAAGCCCAAGCCCAAGCCCAAGCCCUGGUCCAAGCCCCUUUCGAAGCCCAGGCCCAAGCCCAGGCGCAAACACCGGUCCGAGUCCGUGUGGAAGUUCCAGCCCAAGAUUCGUCCUGGGCCUCGGCACAUGCACAAGUGCAAACCCAACCUCGAUCGCUACCCCAAACCCAGGUACAAGGCCUGGACUUUUCUCAAGGCCCGGACAGAGCUGCAGCGCAAGCACAAGCCCCAGAAACGACCAAAGCUACAGUCCAGGACAUGGCACCCGCCGCGACCACGGUGGCGGUGCCCCCUGAGGCGGCCUCCGGCGAGUUUGCUGCGGUGGCGUUGGCAUCGGCUGCACUGAAGGCGCCGUCACAGCUCUCAUUGAGGGGUCUGGUAUUCAACGGCAGCAGGUCCAGUGGUUGGAGGGCACCGCCGCCACACUUGGUGAAUGGUCCAGGGUCGGCCACGGUCGCAAACCUAGCUCCAUCACAGUACAGGAUCCCGAUGGCGCUCAGGCAGGCUACUGCCGCCUUCACCGCUGGUAGAGGAGGCCGAGGGGGAAGGGGAGGAGGGGAAGAGGCGACUGGUGGCGGCGGCAACAGCCACCAAUCUGGCAGCACAAAUGCCGAGGGGGUUCUUGGGGCGGAUGCAGCUGCCGCCAGUUGCAGUAGCGAUGGCGGCAGUGGCGCUGCUGCCGCCGCGGCGGUGCUUUCUGUUUACCGCGAGGCGCAGGAAUUGCUGCUGCAGCAGCAGGACCAGCAGGAGCCGCAACAGCAGCAGCAGGAGCCGCAGGACUGCGGCGAUAAAUCCGUUAACGGCGAUAUCAGCAUGACGGAGGGUCUUACGAGUACCUACUACAGCUUACGAAUUUACAUGUGACAAAUGCUUAAUAAAGUUACAGUUACAGUGUGCACACAAGUGCAGAGGGUUCCGUCAAAGCCGGGGGCCCAUGGAUAUAUGUACACGUCACGGCCGUGUGAUUAUCAUAGCGGCGACAUUUGACAUAGUUCACGUGGCUAAUAGCGAGGCAGCGGCAUCAGUACCGGCGACGGCGGUGGUAGUGGUGGCAUCCGCGGGGUCCGUCCCAGCAGCGGGCGUAGAUGAACUCGGGGGGAUGUCUGAAAGGCAGGCACAUUUAGGGGCAGCAGAGAUUUCAGUUGACAUGGUCAGCAAAGCACGACCCGUGCCGACGGUGAUGUGACAUCUUUUGGGCUGUGACACGGCGGGAAACGGAUGAGGAUGUCGGGUCAUGCGAGUUUU